AUGAACGACGACACUGAAUCCCAAAGCCUGCUCCAAUCUGUGCUUGGGUUGUUCGCUCGAAAACGACCGCAGAGUUUGGCGAAACCGGCGUCACUGAAAUCACGGAAACGCGAGGCCUGGCUACGGACGGAUGCAUUUCUGCAGCACGAUGACCUUAGGGAAGCUGACCCAGAGAGCGUUGCAAGGACUCUGCGCGCAUUUGAACACCUUGUUCAAGACGACUCUGAUGGAGAGAUGGAUUUUUUUUUCAGUCGAUUGGCCUCUCACUUACUGCCUGCUAACGAACGUUUCGCGGAGCAGAACUUCCAACAACCCGGCCACGAGCAGUAUCCGAAGCUCCGCCGCAUGAUCGAGAAUCCGAGUCGCGAUCCGCAUGGCGACGAAGGCACUGUCAUUCGCGUUGGCAAACGGAGACGAGAAUGCGAUGAUGCCAUUCAAGAACUUUUACAUUUGGAACAGGAGAGAAAGAAGCGCCGAGUUCUGCCUCGUGAGGAGCCAACUCAUGUGUCCAACCUCGAAGACCCUGAUGCCGACUUUGCCGUGCUGAUGAGGAGAUAUUUGGUGUCCUUGGAUAAUGCGUUGCGAAAAAACUGGGUUUGCGUUUGCCAGAAGUGCUCAGGGUUGAGCGUGAGGCUGUCGCUGCCACAGCACAAAAAGGAUCUCGACGCUGAGGCGAGUUUCGAGGUAUUCUUUGGCGUGCGGUCCGUACCUGCGACUGAAUUGCAAGAAGCCAAAAUCACGGUCAAAUCGAGGCGCGCAUCGGAGCCUAUAAUCAGCAGCCCACCCGACUUUGCCCACAUAUGCCAGAGCAUCACAGAGUCCCUCGGUCAGCGAAAUUGCUUGCAUUUCGCUCUCGAGGAUGGGAUGUUUCAGAGACUUCGCCCGCAACCAAAGACAUUCGGUAGUGACCGAAUGUCUCGGACGGUAUCCUUGUCGGCACUGUUCAGCCGCCAGCAAGAAUUACUUCGUGGUGAAUCGGUUCUGCCACUCAAGGGGAAGCGAGUUUUGGCUGUAACACUGGCUUCAGCACUCCUCCCCUUCCUGGAGACACCGUGGCUGCAGUUUUCCUUCAAUCACUCCAUGAUCCAAUUUUUUGAGCCACGGCAGGAUGGAGAACUUCCCGAUAUCACGAAACCGUUCCUGGCACUGGAGCACGUUCCAACAAUCUCAGCCCGUAAUACAGACACUGGAGACAACUCCGGCGCCUCGAAACACAUAGUUCAUCCCAACGCCAGUGUGCUAGCGCUAGGCAUACUCUUGUGCGAGCUUCACUAUUGCACACCUGUGGAGCUAAUGGGAAAGGACCCGAAACCUGCCAGGAACGUCAAUGAUGAUCUUUAUACCUGUCUCGAUAAACUUGAGACUCUGGAAGACGACGCUGGUGUGGAUUACUAUCUUGCUACGAAAGCAUGCCUUACCGGAGACUACUAUCCACCUAGACAGCAGGCUAAUUUUGAGGAUAUCAACGUCCAGCGGCUCUUCUAUCAAAACGUGGUCAAACGACUUGAAGCCGUGAUCUUCAAAGCAUGGGGCAUACGAAUAGAGAAUCUGGGUUCAUUUGAUUCGCGACAAAAUGAGUCUUGCUGGGGCUCAAUCGGUCGAGAGGUUGUCCGCCUUCAUACAAGCAAGCUCGACUCCUCUAAUGUAAACACUACAGCAAGGGCAGGUCCUCUUCGUUCAAUUUCUGACACUGCGCCCGUGACCUCCGCAUCGCUCCACUCAGAUAUCAUGCUAAGGAUGUCAGCACAACCUCCUACGGGAUCGCGAGCCCACGGACGUCUCGCCGAGCCUUCCGAGAAGAGCUUGUACUUUUUUGAUGCAAGCCACCACACAGGGGCUGAACAGGAGAAUCCACUCUCGGAAAGAUGGAUGGACAAUCUGCUGUCCUCGAUCUAUCCCUACGUUGACCUUGAUGUCGACCUUGCCGAACCGGUGCGAAUAGCGAUUUUGGACUCGGGACUCGAUCCCGAAAGCCCAUUCCUGAUCGAGGACCAACAACGAGCCAACCCACGGAUCAAGGAAGCGCGUAGUUUUGUACACGGUACAGCGUCGCACGACAUUCGAGACGAGAUAGGGCACGGUACUCAUGCUCUUGGCCUCCUUCUCAAAGUUGCCCCAUGUGCUGAGAUCUAUGUCGCCCGAGUUGCGCGACGGGAAACUCUGGAUCCCAACACCUAUGAUGACAUUGCAAAGGCAAGCUGUCUUUAUGCCAAAGCAGACUUUUUGGACUGA